AUGAGUGAGACAGGAUCAAACUCAUCUGAUAUCAGGAUUGUUCUGGUGGGUAAAACUGGUUCAGGAAAGAGUUCAGCUGGAAACACUAUACUGGGCACACCGUGUUUUACAGUGGAUGAUUCACAAGAGUCAUGUACUGAAACGUGUAAGAAAAUAGAAGAUCUGACUGGUGACCGGAGGAUCUCAGUCAUUGACACUCCAGGCCUGUUUGAUACGAGAAUGUCAGGACAGAAAGUGGAGCAUGAAAUAAAGAAUUGUGUGGAGAUGUCACUUCCUGGUCCUCAUGUGUUUCUGCUGGUCAUCAGACUGGAUGUGAAAUUCACAGAAGAAGAGAAAAACACUGUGAAUUGGAUUCAGAAGAACUUUGGAAAAGAAGCUGCACGUUACACAAUCAUUCUGUUCACUCACGCUGAUCAUCUGAAGGGAAAACCAUUAGAUGAGUAUAUCAGAAGAUCUGAUGCUCUCAAAGCGCUAGUUAAUGAGUGCGAUGGAAGAUUUCACUCAUUAAACAAUAAUGACAUGCAGAACCGCUCACAGGUCACUGAACUUCUGGAGAAGAUUGAGAGGAUGAAAGAGAAUGGAAAAGGGUACUACACUAAUAAGAUGUUCGAAGAAGCUCAGUGGAGAUUAAACAGAGAACUGUUCUGGUCUGGAAAACCUCAGAUUGUGUUGCUGGGUAAAACUGGAUCAGGAAAGACCAGUGCUGUCGAAACCAUUGUGGGCCGACAGAGUUUUUCUAAAACCUGUAAAAAACAAGAAGCUUGUGUUGAUGGAAAGAACAUGAAAAUAAUCGACACUCCAGGACUGAUUGAUGCACCUGAAGAGAAGAUUAAAGAUGAAUUAGAAAAGUGUGUCUGUAUGUCUGCUCCUGGUCCUCAUGUGUUUCUGCUGGUCAUCAGACUGGAUAAGAGAUUCAAAGAUGAGAAGAAAAACACAAAGACAUGGAUUCAGAAGAACUUUGGAGAAGAUGCUGUACAUCACACCAUCAUUCUGUUCACUCACGCUGAUCAUCUGAAGGAACAAUCAUUAGAUGAUUACAUCAGAGACAAUCCAGAUCUACAGGCACUUACUGAAGAGUUUAGUGGCAGAUUUCACUCAUUCAACAAUAAGAACAAGGAGAAUCACUCUCAGGUCACUGAACUCAUACAGAAAAUAAAUAAAAUGGUCGAGAAGAAUGGAUUACUGCACUACACCAUUGAAAUGUACCAGAAAGCUCAGCGGUCAAAUAAACCAAGAAUUGUGCUUCUGGGAAGGACUAGGUCAGGAAAGAGUGCUGCAGGAAAUGCCAUCAUGGGUCAAGAUCAUUUUAAGAGGAAAAAUCCAGCGGAUUUUUCUACUAAAACCUGCAAACUACAUACGGCACAUGUGGCUAGAAAAAGCAUGAAAAUAAUUGACACUCCAGGACUGAUUGAUGCACAAGCAGAGAAGAUAAAAGAUGAAAUAGUGAAGUGUGUCCGUAUGUCUGCUCCUGGUCCUCAUGUGUUUCUGCUGGUCAUCAGACUGGACAUGAGAUUCACAGAAGAAGAGAAAAACACAAAGACAUGGAUUCAGAAGAACUUUGGAGAAGAUGCUGUACAUCACACCAUCAUUCUGUUCACUCACGCUGAUCAUCUGAAGGAACAAUCAUUAGAUGAUUACAUCAGAGACAAUCCAGAUCUACAGGCACUUACAGAAGAGUUUAGUGGCAGAUUUCACUCAUUCAACAAUAAGAACAAGGAGAAUCACUCUCAGGUUACUGAACUGCUGGAGAAGAUCAAGAGGAUCAGAGAAGUAUCAACUUCACCUGAACUCAGAAUUGUUCUUCUGGGUAAAACUGGAUCAGGAAAGAGUUCAACGGGAAACACCAUCCUGGACCUGAAGUACUUUGAGACAGGAGAUUCACAAGAGUCGUUUACUAAAACUUGUGAGGAAGGAAAAGUGAAGAUUGAUGAAAGGAGGAUCUCAGUAAUUGACACUCCAGGCCUGUUUGACACGACACUGUCACUCAAGAAUAUGAAGAAAGAGAUAGAGAGAUGUGUGGUGAUGUCUGUUCCUGGUCCUAAUGUGUUUCUGCUGGUCGUUAGAGUGGGGAGAUUCACAGAAGAAGACAAAAACACAGUUAAAUGGAUUCAGGAAAAUUUUGGAAAAGAUGUUGCUGACCACACCAUCAUUCUGUUCACUCAUGCUGAUCAUCUGAGGGGGAAACCAUUACAAGAGUAUAUUCUUGAAAAUGAUGAUCUCCAGGGUCUUGUUCUUCAGUGUAAUGGCAGAUAUCACUCAUUCAAUAAUGUAGACAUUGAGAAUCGCUCUCAGGUCACUGAACUCCUGGAGAAGAUUGAGAUGAUGGUGAGAGAAAACAGAGGACAGCACUACAGCAAUAAGAUGUACCAGGAAGCUCAGAGAAAGAAACCUUUCAGUAAGUUAUCAACAUCUGAUAUCAGGAUUGUUCUGUUGGGCAAAGCUGGAUCAGGAAAGAGUUCAGCAGGAAACACCAUCUUGAAUUCACAGUAUUUUAAGCAGUCUAUUUUACCAGAUUCAGUUACAAAAACCUGUGAACAUCAAGAAGUAGGGACAGAUGAAAUGAUGAUCUCAGUCAUUGACACUCCUGGCCUGUUUGAUUCGACAAUGUCAGAACAGAAAAUGAAGGAUAAUAUAGUCAAGUGUAUUAGGAAGUUUGCUCCUGGUCUUCAUGUGUUUCUGCUGGUCAUCAGACUGGACGUGACAUUGACAGAAGAAGAGAAAAACACAAUGGAAUGGAUUCAGAAGAAUUUUGGAGAAGAAGCUGGACGUUACACAAUCAUUCUGUUCACUCACGCUGAUCAUCUGAAGGAACAAUCAUUAGAUGAGUAUAUCAGAGAAAGUAAUGAUCUCCAGGCUCUAGUUAAUGAGUGCGAUGGAAGAUUUCACUCAUUAAACAAUAAUGACACGCAGAACCGCUCACAGGUCACUGAACUUCUGGAGAAGAUUCAGAGGAUGUUAGAGAUAAAUGGAGGAGAGAUUGGUAAGUGUAUAUCUUUGUCUUUGAAACAACUGAUCAUAGUUUCAUAUUGGUCUGUGAAUCCUCAGAUUGUGUUGCUGGGUAAAAUUGGAUCAGGAAAGACCAGUGCUGUCGAAACCAUUGUGGGCCGACAGAGUUUUACUAAAACAUAUAAAAUACAAGAAGCUUGUGUUGAUGGAAAGAACAUGAAAAUAAUCGACACUCCAGGACUGAUUGAUGCACCAGCAGAGAAGAUAAAAGAUGAAUUAGAGAAGUGUGUCUGUAUCUCUGCUCCUGGUCCUCAUGUGUUUCUGCUGGUCAUCAGACUGGAUAAGAGAUUCAAAGAUGAAGAGAAGAAAACUGUGAAAUGGGUCCAGAACAACAUUGGUAUAGAUGCUGUACGUUACAGCAUCAUUCUGUUCACUCACACUGAUCAUCUGAAGGGAACAUCAUUAGAUGAGUAUAUCAGAGAAAGUGUGUAUAAGACAAAGACACUGGUUAACAGUAGUGGCAGAUAUCAAGCAUUCAACAUCAGAGACCCUAACCAUAAUCAGGUCAAAGAGCUGCUGGAGAAGAUUGAAAACUUAGCAGAGGAAAAUGAGUGGGGUUACUACAAAAAUGAGUGGUCUCAGAACAUUCUCAAAAAACGUCAGCGUUGGCUUAUUGCAGCAGGCACAGCUGGAUCAGCAGGAGCACUAGCUGUAGCAGCAGGAAUCACUGUCAUUGUAGUAACAGAUUUAGUCUUUCCACCAGCACUAAUAAUUACACUGGGAGGUCUUGUUGUAAGUGGAGGAAUAGCGAUUUAUAAAAAAAGAGAAAAAAUAGGACGGUUUUGCACAUUUUUGCGUGAAAGGUUUGCAUGA